AGUACACGUCACGUAUAGUAUAGACAAAUGCACGCAUAUGCGUGAAACGGAAUACAGCUUUAAUCAACCGAUUAUGACCUGUAUUUACCUUAUCUUACCUAACCCUAACCUAACCUAACCUAGCCUAGCCUAGCCUAGCCUAGCCCUAAUCUAUAGUUCAUCUUCAAAUCAGUCUACAUAAAGGGCUGUCUACAAUGGAGAUAAGCAGUAUAGACUACGUUUACACGUACUGGUAAAACCGUUUUAGUACAAAACCGGACUUAGAUGUUCGUUUACAGGACAUCUAAGUCUGGUUUUUACUAAAACGGUUUCAAAAAACAUCAGUACAAGGAACGUUUACAGGACAUCUAAGUCCGGUUUUGAACUAAAGACAUCUAAAACGGUUUUACCAGUACGUGUAAACCUAGUCAUAGAGCAAGAAAUAAGGUUCUUGGAGUUAUUUCAUUUUUUGUCUAUACAAGUAAUUAUUUCGCGUUUUUUGACACGCGUCUUUCAUUGGCUAGCAGUAGGCAGUGCGAAAUGGGAAUUGCCCAUUUUGUUAUAUUCUCGUUGUUCACCGAAAAAUAGUUUACUUUCUACUUCUACAGCCUUACUAUCUUCAUUGCAGACUAGCUAUAAUUUAUUAAAUUCCUUACGGUUUUAUGAUUACGACUUUCACGUGCAAUGGCCUUGAGAUGACAUAGCCAGUCUACAAUAAAGGUAGUAAGGCAGUAAGGCCUUGUUUAUGCGCGCGAUAACUGUUAACUUAUGCCAGAACUGGUAACCAGGCCUGUAAACCAGGCCUAAGGCCUUGUUUAUGCGGGCAAAUAAGGCCUUGUUUUGGCCUUGUUUAUGCGGGUAAUAACUGUUAAUUUAUGCCGGAAUUGGGGUACAGUUCAACUAUAGGAUUUCAAUGCUUCUGUUAUAUUUUGUUAUGCUUCUGUUAAUAAACAGAAAUAUUAAAAUCUUAGGCCCGCAUAAACCAGGUCUUACUCUACUCUUACAGCCUUACUACCUUCAUUGUAGACAGCCCUUUAAUAUAAAAUCUGGCUAUGAAUAGUGGCCUAAGACUGCUUCCAGGGAGCGCGCCAUCUGCUAUUGCAUCAUUCUAUCUUUAUCGCUCAUUAGAUAUAAAACAAAGGUAGAAUGACACAAUAUCUCAUAGGAUGAAGUUGGCUCGGUAGAAGGCGCCGUAAUUUUGGAGAUACGCUGAGUAACAUCCAAUCAGAAUUCUUUUUGAAAGCUCGUACCAGCGUGCACAUGAAAAGUUGCCUCAUCGCUCUUCAUGCUGUUUUUUGGCUGUUCCUUUUGGCGACGGACCGGUGGCACUGUUCUGUAAUUAAUUGCAUUGCACAUUGAGAGUAAACAUUUGCAAAUACAUUCAUACAAAAACAAUGGCUCUAACAUGGACCGAAAAGUACGAGCUUAUCACCAGGAAUUUGACGGAAUGGCUGGGAGAUGACAAACUCAAGACUAUUUUAAAGGAACGCGAUCUCAGUCUGUACUGGGGCACUGCUACAACGGGAAAACCUCAUAUCGGCUAUUUUGUGCCUAUGAGCAAAAUAGCCGACUUCUUACGAGCUGGAGCAGAAGUGACAAUUCUCUUCGCGGAUCUCCACGCAUAUUUAGAUAACAUGAAAGCACCUUGGGAAUUGUUGGAAUUACGUACUCAAUAUUACGAAACUGUGAUCAAAGCAAUGUUGAGGUCCAUUGACGUUCCACUGGACAAACUAAAAUUUGUCAAAGGAACUGACUACCAGUUAUCCAAAGAAUAUACAUUAGACGUUUAUCGUCUAAGCUCGAUUGUAACAGAACAUGAUGCAAAAAAAGCAGGUGCUGAAGUUGUCAAGCAAGUUUCUAAUCCCCUGCUAUCUGGUCUUCUUUAUCCAGGAUUACAGACACUCGAUGAGCACCACUUAAAGGUAGAUGCGCAGUUUGGUGGUGUCGAUCAGAGAAAGAUCUUUACUUUUGCGGAGAAAUAUCUGCCCAUGCUAGGAUAUGAGAAACGUGUUCAUUUGAUGAAUCCAAUGAUUCCCGGCUUAAUGGGCGCAAAGAUGUCCUCGUCUGAGGAGGAUUCCAAAAUCGAUUUGUUGGACAAUGCCGCAGCGGUGAAGAAAAAAUUAAAGAAAGCAUUUUGCGAGCCUGGAAAUAUUACAGACAAUGGAGUCUUAGCAUUUUCCAAACAUGUUAUAUUUCCGCUGUUUAAAAAUGGCGAAGUCUUCAAUGUAUCAAGAACUGCGGAAUUCGGCGGUGAUGUAUCUUUCUCCAAGUAUAAAGAUUUGGAAGCUGCCUUUGCAAAGGAAGAAAUACAUCCUGGUGAUUUGAAGAAUGCCGUAGAGGUGUACAUCAACAAACUUUUGGAUCCAAUAAGAAAGGAGUUCGAAAAGAACUCAAAGCUAAAGUCACUCACGAGCAAAGCUUAUCCACCGCAAAAGCAAAAAACUGCAGAAGUGGAAAUAACUCCUGCGAGAUUGGAUAUUCGAGUCGGUAAGAUAGUCGAGGUAAAAAAACAUCCUGAUGCGGACUCGCUCUACGUAGAGAAAAUAGAUCUAGGUGAACCGAAUGGCCCGCGCACCAUAGUCAGUGGUCUGGUUAAUUAUGUACCUUUGAACGAAAUGGAGAACAGAAUGGUUGUGAUUCUCGCAAAUUUAAAACCAGCGAAUCUCAGAGGAAUUUUGUCACAUGGAAUGGUUCUUUGUGCUUCUGUCGAUGAACCAGCAAAACAAGUUGAGCCUUUGAGACCUCCCGCAGAUAGUGCACCUGGUGACAAAAUUGUUAUUGAAGGUUAUGAAAAUGGAACAGCAGAUAAUGUGCUGAAUCCAAAGAAGAAAGUAUGGGAGAAGCUACAGGUUGAUCUCGUAGUAAAUGGAAAUGGCGCAGCUUCUUGGAAUGGAAAUUUACUACUCACUUUAAAUGGCGGCAAAAUAACAAGUGACACUCUCAAAAACGUUCCAAUCAAAUAAUGCAUUUACUUUUUUUCAUUUAUUUAUUACACUGGCUUGUAUGACAAACUAAGACGCUGUUUAUACUUUUGCGAACUAUCCGUUUGAAGUUUUGUGUAUUUUUACUUUUAUUAUGCACACAUGACAAAAAAAAUCAUAGACAUUUCACUGGUCAGUAAAUAUAUUUGAAAGAACACAAAAUCAUUGUGUUUUCAUGAUCGUGUUUAUUUCUUUGUGAGAUAUUUGGACAUUAUUGAUUUUUUAUAAAUUUAUGCAAAUGCAAAAUCUGUGUAUAAUCUAGAUUUAACCCUGCACAAUGUUUCUGUCUCACGGCGUAUAUUUGUUCUUGAUCAGAUCUAUGUAAAACUACAUAAAAAUUUUGUUUUUUGUUUUUGGUAAUAAUAAUUUUUUGUGGUAAAAAUAAAAACAACUAUUAAUUUUCCUGAGUAAAAGUUUUAAUUUGUUCGUAAAUACUCUUUAAACAUCAACAAUACAUAAUAACAAAUGUAACACUGACAACUUAUAAACAUGUAAAUUGUGAAAAGUAAAGAGAAUAGUGUUAAUUUAUAAAAGACCUCUGGCCAACUGUCAAUGUUCAAAAAUGAAAUUUGAACUACUAUUAAGAAGAUAUAACAUUAAAUUAAAAUUAAUUGUGUACCACAAUAUAAUAUUAUGCCAUUUUGUAAAUUAUUAAAUAACUGCGCAAAAUAGAACUAAUAAAACAAGUUGAUUGCUGCUGUGUACACAUCAA